AUAGAGUGGAUUCCAUAUUCUCACAUUACGAAUUUAAAGAAAAUGGCGGAAGGAGGAUUCAGUAUUAUUUAUAAAGCGACUUGGGAAGGAACUGAUGUUGCUGUAAAAAAAUUACAUGAUUCACAAAAUAUCAGUAAAUACUUUUUAAAUGAGAAUUUUAUACAUCGAGAUUUUCAUAGUGGAAAUAUGUUAUUGUCUACAUAUUGGAAAGUUGGAGACUUAGGAUUAUCGCAACCUGCAAAUAAUACAUUAUCAAAUAAUGAAAUAUAUGGAGUAAUACCUUAUAUUGCACCAGAAAUAUUUAAAGGUGCUGCAUUUUCAAAAGAAUCUGAUGUAUAUAGUUUUGGUAUGAUUAUGUGGGAACUCACAACAGGUUGUAAACCUUUUGCUAAUGUUGAACAUGAUCAUAAUCUCAUCUUUAAAAUUCUUGAUGGAGAACGACCUAAAAUUACAGAAGAUACUCCUGAAUGUUAUGCCGAUUUAAUGAAAAAAUGUUGGGAUUCCAAUCCUUCAAAAAGACCAAUUAUUAAUGAAAUCUACAACACUCUUUAUACUGCGAUUUGGUAUCAAUUUGAACAAGCUGAAAAAAAAAGAUUGGAAUUAAUACAAUUAAAGAAACUUGGACCAGAAUUUAGUGAAAAGCCUCAUCCAAAAGCAAUUUAUACAAGUAGAGCAUUAAGUGAUUUGAUUUCUAAAGCUUCAACUAUAGGUUCAAUGGUUUCAUUGCAUAUGAAACAAGAAUAUAUUACACAAGAAUAUGAAUUUGAUAUAGAUAAUAUUCAAAGAUUAUCCAUACAAAAUACAAAUUCCGCCACUCAAAGUUUAAUUGUACCUGUAAAUUCUUCAAGAAAGCGUAAUUUUGAAGAAUUAAAGAACGAAACGAAUGAAAAUCAAAAAAAUAGAAAAUAUAUUAAAGUUGAUAAUUUAAAUGAUGAAUUGUUGAACAUAAUUGAGCUUAUUUAAUUUGUAUUUGUCACGAAAAAAAUUUAUAUAGAUUAAUUUCACAAUUUUCACAAGAUAAAAUAUUUAUAGCACAUUUGCAUAUGAAGAAUAGAUAACUUCAUUGGCAUUUGGCAAUUCGAACAAUAAUCAAUAAUUUUAUGAUAUUUUCUUUAAUUUGAGUACAAUUAUGACUUCAUGUA